CUGAGGGACAGGUUUUUCUUCGGCGAACAAUUAACAUGGACAAUAACAUUAGCCUUAGCCCGCUCAUAAUCAUCUUUUAGCCACUUAAGGCCAGGUGAGAUCAUCAUCAUCUCUGGCCGAGAAAUGCACCUGAAGAUGCUGCUUUUGAAAGCGUGAGAAAUCGCCGGGAAAUCGCUGGAACAUCACAUGCAACGAAGUACUUAAUUCAAUCGAACCGAACUGAACUCAAGAUGCCAAUCCUGCCAAUUCUCAUUUGGAUGCUCCACUUGUCCAUGGUCCAGGCUCAUCAGGUGAACGAUGCCAAGCACCUCGAUGGGUUCACCUUGCCCAGCCUUCCCUCGGAGCACCUCAUCCGAUAUCUUAACACCUUUCCCAAGCUAAAACAGCAAAUGCAUACGAAUCUCACCGGUAAGACCACAAUCUCAUCCGCUUGCUGGGGCCACGAACGGGAUUGCACGCCGGAUGGCCGCUUUCAGACGCCCCAGUGUCCAGGGGAACACACUGGCUGGGCCAGGAGCAAGGACGCCCAGGUAAGGACGUUCUACAACCAGGCGGACUUUGGAUAUAUCCAGGAGCAGCUCUCCCAGCUGGCGCCGCAAUGCGUGCCCACAUAUUUGGCAGAUUCCUCGCUGGAAUGCACUCAUUAUCUGCGCUUUUGCCGUGGCCGUAAUCUUCUCUUCGACUUCAGUGAUUUGCUGCAGCGGAAAGAGCGCAUUCGUUACCAUAUGGAUGUCCUUGGUCCAGGGCAGCUGCUUGGACACUGUGAUCUUAAUCGAACGCGACUCACGAGUGAAAUGGAUCACAUUGGGUCGGCCCUGCAAUCCUGGGGCCCAGAGCUGAGAAACUUUGAAGUAUUACCUCAUCCCAUACUGGAGAGCGGGCUAUGUGACGUGGUAGUGAAUACGCCCACUUUUAUCAUGAAAAUUGAUGCCACAUACAACAUGUAUCAUCACUUCUGCGACUUUUUUAACUUAUACGCCUCGCUUUUCGUCAACCAAUCUCAUCCUGCGGCCUUUAACACAGAUGUGCAGAUCCUUAUUUGGGAAACUUAUCCGUAUGACUCGCCCUUCAGGGACACAUUCAAGGCCUUUUCGCAAAGACCUGUGUGGACCCUCAGCGAUGUAGAAGGAAAGAGGGUUUGCUUUAAGAACGUAGUCCUUCCCUUGCUGCCUAGGAUGAUCUUUGGGCUUUUCUACAAUACACCCAUAAUCCAGGGCUGUUCGAAUAGUGGUCUGUUUCGCGCCUUUUCCGAGUUCAUCCUACACCGUCUUCAGAUUCCCUACAAGCCACCGCAGAAGAGAAUAAGAAUAACUUAUUUAUCGCGCCGCACAAAGUACAGACAAGUGCUCAAUGAAGACGAGUUGUUAGCUCCGCUGGAGGCCAAUGAUAAGUACACUGUGCAGCGCGUUUCCUAUGAGAGGCUCUCCUUCACCGACCAGUUGGCCAUCACACGGAACACGGAUAUACUUAUUGGUAUGCAUGGCGCCGGUUUGACGCACUUGCUCUUCCUACCCAACUGGGCGUGCAUCUUUGAGCUGUACAACUGCGAGGAUCCCAAUUGCUACAAGGACUUGGCCCGCUUGCGAGGUGUUCGUUAUAGGACUUGGGAGCAGCGGGAGCUGGUCUAUCCCCAGGACGAGGGACAUCACCCCGAGGGCGGGGCACAUGCCAAGUUCACCAACUAUAGCUUCGAUGUGAAUGAAUUUGUACACGUCGUAGAUGAAGCAGCCACGGAAAUACUUUCCCACAAGGAAUUCCCUCAGCAGAAACCAGAAAGUCCCUCCAAAACACAGCGCAGCGAGCUGUAGAUUGCCACAAUUGUGAUUAAAUGCAUUUAUUUUGCUUAUUUUGCAGACCCAAAAUAAAUCGGUAUUAUAUAAAUUAA